AUGUCAAGCCAGUUUGGAUCUUUGCUGUCUUGUUUCUGGCAAGCGUCUUCACUAAAACUGAAAGCUUCUUUGGUGGCAGAGUGGGCAACAAAAUGGGCAAACGAACCAUCAAACUGCAGGUUAAACAUUUUUGUUUUCAUUAUUAUUGAAAGUUAACAUGAUCUGUGCAGUUGAAUGAACAACCUAAGCGGCUGAAAAAGAACCUGAAAAUUUUCAGGCUUGACCGGGAUCGAAGUCUGAUCUUUGAGAUGACCGGAAUCAUAUUGUGAACUGUAGGCAACGAUUUUUUUUUACCAACAAGGUUUGGGGGAAAUCAAAUCCCAUUGUACAGUCACCCUUUUCUUAUUAAUUUGUUACUUUAGGUAUCUCUUUGGAUAACGACAAUUUUUAAGCCCAGUCCACGCUGAAACCGCAUUCUUAGUAAAAUUCGAAAAUAUUCGGUUUCAACGAACCACCUAUAAUAACCACCUUGUUGCGCUGGGUCACCUUCUGUAUUUAAAGUAUUUGUCUCGUAAAAUAAUUAUCUCCCUCAUUAUUUUUUUUUCUUCAUUUGUUCGUUUGUCUUUAAGGACGACGAGGCCUUGCCCCUUUGGCCGAGGGAACAGCUCUUGGAUCCAAAGGUACAGCAAUAAUUUUGUUUCCAGUAAUUUUCGUUGAUUACAUUAAUUCCCACGUUCAAUUAAUUAGUUUAGUCUCGUUGAUUAUUCUCUCAAUGAUAAAGUCUGGGCAUUCACCUAGUCAAGGAUUACUUAAUGCAAUGUUUAAUGGGUCUUUAAUCAACAUUUUUCCGUUUUAAUAUCUGUCUUUACAUACAUAUUUUUGACUCGUGAUUUCAGCGUAAAGUACGCAUGCGGAGGGAAGAGCUCUGCGAGACUGCUAAAAGAACCUGCCCAGGAGUUUAACAGGAAACCCAGGAAACAAAACAGAUAG